AUGCAUUCAGACUGGGAUUGGGGUAAAGAAAGGUCUGGUGUGUGGACGGGUAUGAUUGGCCGAGUGGUCAACGGGUCGGCCGACUUGGCAUUGGGCGGUCUGUCCGCCGAUUCUAAGCGCCAAAAAACAUCGCCGCUGAACUAUAUCGGAGAAGCGCUGAGGGAUAUCAGCAAAAUAAACACAGCCAUGGAAUUGAUGGUCACCAAUACGUCUCGUCUCACAUACAUAUGUCCGCGACUUCUCAUCAACGGAAGGGCCGCUAAUUUCGGUCACCAGUACUUCAAUUUGCCGCCGAAGAGAUCCGAAACCACUUUCCUUAUGGAACAGUUGACAAUAGCUGUGCCAAAGAAUUUUGCGCUCAAGAAUCAAUAAGACGUCUGGAGUCGAGCGCACACUUAUUUCAUUGGGAAAGAGUGUCACUGAGAGAGACAUCCAAUUUCAUUGAUAAGACACAAUUAGCAAACUUUGAAUUAGAGUCGUCUACAGAGG